AUGUCUGUUGAUCUCUCCAACUUCAACAAAACUCCAGCACACAAUGAGUUCCGCUCAGACACCUUCACAACACCCACAGUGUCAAUGGUGAGUGCCUUGUCGAAAGCUACCCUCGGAGACGCAGUCUAUAACGAAGACGAUUCCACAACCAGGUUGGAAGAUAAGGUAGCAAAGCUUGCUGGAAAGGAGGCUGGCCUCUUUUGUGUUUCGGGAACAUUGCUGAAUCAGAUCGCCUUGAGAUCCAAUUUGUUCCAGCCUCCCCACGGAGUACUCUGUGACCACAGAUCGCAUGUCUACAUCCACGAAGCUGGUGGUUUACCAACGCUUUCUCAGGCUAUGGUUCAGACUGUGGCGCCCAAAAAUGGUAUUCACUUGACUUUGAAGGACGACAUUUUGCCAAACUUCGUUCCAGACGACGGAGAGAUCCACGGCUGUCCAACCAAGGUCAUUUCCUUGGAAAACACUUUGCAUGGCAUGUUGUUCCCUCUAGACGAGAUCAAGAAAAUUUCUGCCUUCUGUAAGGAGAAUGAUGUACGUUUGCAUUUGGACGGUGCCCGUUUGUGGAAUGCUUCCGCCGCUACAGGUAUCUCAAUCGCUGAGUACGCCUCACACUUCGAUUCCGUGUCCCUCUGCUUAUCGAAGUCAUUGGGUGCCCCUAUUGGCUCAGUGCUUGUGGGUCUGAGCAAAUUUAUCAGAAAAGCAAACCAUUUCCGUAAGCAGAAUGGUGGUGGUAUCAGACAGAGUGGUCUAUUGGCUGAAAUGGCCCUGGUCGCUAUUGAUGACAACAUGGCGAAGUUGGCACAUGUUGAUGAGAGGGCAAAGGAAAUCGGCAAGUUUUGUGAAGACCUUGGCUUCGUGCUCGAGCAUCCGGUUCAUACCAAUUUCGUUUUCAUCGAUCUUGCAGCCAGUAAGAUUGACAAUGACUUUUUUGUGAAGUCUGCUGAGAAACACGACAUCAAGGCUUAUGGAAGUCGUUUGGCUUUCCACUUCCAGGUUAGCGAUGAAGCUAUAGAAAAUUUGAAGAAAGUUCUUCGUGAAACAGCCGACGAAGCCAAGAGGAACCCUUGUGAGACCACAGAGGUGCAGAAGUUGUACAAUGUGUACGACUCCAAAUAA